AUGCCUGGCGAGACAGCGGCUGCAGCUCCGACUGGACAGCAGCGCAAGAAGCUUGAUAGUAGAAUACCAGCUCUGAUCUCUAAUGGAGUCAAUCUUGGCAAUCGGUCACUUUUUGUUCUGGUUGGAGACAAAGGCAAAGACCAAGUCGUGACAUUGCAUUUCCUGUUAUCUAAGGUCAGAGUUGCAGCCAGACCAUCUGUAUUAUGGUGCUAUAAGAAGGAGUUGGGCUUUAGCUCGCAUCGCAAGAAGAGAAUGCGACAAAUCAAAAAACAGGUUCAACGAGGACAGAAAAGCUCUGAACAGGAUGAUCCUUUUGAAUUAUUCAUAUCAUCCACCAACAUUCGGUAUACAUACUACAAGGAAUCUGAAAAGAUCCUUGGUCAGACCUUUGGAAUGUGUGUUUUACAGGACUUUGAGGCUCUCACACCUAAUCUGUUGGCAAGGACUAUAGAAACAGUAGAAGGUGGUGGGAUUGUUGUUUUGCUGCUUAGAACUAUGAGUUCGUUGAAACAGCUCUACACAAUGACCAUGGAUGUACAUUCACGAUAUCGUACCGAAUCGCACACUGAAACCGUAGCAAGGUUUAACGAACGCUUCAUAUUGUCUAUGGGCGGAUGUGACGCCUGUUUGGUCUUGGACGAUGAACUCAAUGUACUCCCAUUAUCUGCUGGCAAAGAUGUCAAACUAUUGCCGCCCAAGCCAGAAACUACCUCAGUAGAGCUCAAAGAACUGAAGGCUCAAUUAUCCGACAGUCCACAUGUUGGAGCACUGAUAAAUUGUGCUAAAACAGUCGAUCAGGCUAAAGCUGUACUGAUCUUUGUGGAAGCCAUUGCCGAAAAGACAUUACGAUCCACUGUAGCAUUGACAGCUGCUCGUGGUCGUGGUAAAUCAGCUGCUUUAGGAUUGUCUAUUGCUGCAGCCGUCGCUCACGGAUAUUCCAAUAUCUUUAUAACAUCACCCACACCCGAAAAUUUGAAGACGGUAUUCGAAUUCAUCUUCAAAGGCUUUGAUGCUCUUGGAUUUGAGGAACAUUUGGAUUAUGAUAUAAUUCAGAGUACAAACCCAGAUUUCCAAAAAGCGGUUGUCCGAGUCAACGUCUUCCGAGAUCAUCGUCAAACUAUACAAUACAUACAGCCACAGGACUCACAAUUCCUGUCUCAGGCGGAAUUAGUAGUAAUCGAUGAAGCAGCCGCCAUUCCAUUACCGCUAGUGCAAAAGUUGCUGGGUCCAUAUCUAGUAUUUAUAUCCUCCACAAUAAAUGGAUAUGAAGGAACAGGUCGAUCUCUCAGUCUCAAAUUGAUACAGGGCUUACGAGAGCAGAGUCGAGGAUUUGCUGCAUCAGGAGCCCGGCAUGACGAUAGAAAGGAAGGUGUCCUGGUUGAUCGUCAGGGUCAUCAACGUAGUACAGGUGAUGGUAGUGCGGCUCCACAAGCAGUGGAAGGGCUUGGAAAAUCGACAGGUCGUGUAUUGAGAGAAAUCAAAUUAGAAGAACCUAUUCGAUAUGCCCCACAAGAUCCUGUAGAAUCAUGGCUCAACAAGCUAUUGUGUCUAGAUUGCUGUAAUCCAUCCAAUGACUCUGCUUCAUCAACCGUAGGCUCUCCACAUCCUAGUGCAUGUGAAUUAUUUUAUGUAAAUCGGGAUACCCUCUUCUCAUAUCAUCCAGCCUCGGAACAGUUCUUACAAAAGAUGAUGGCAUUAUAUGUAGCAAGUCAUUACAAGAAUUCUCCGAACGACUUGCAACUAUUGAGUGACGCACCAGCUCAUCAUCUCUUUGUAUUAUUACCUCCACUACCAGCCAACCCAACCACACUACCCGAACCAUUGGUUGUAAUACAGGUGUGUUUUGAAGGAUCUAUAAAUAGAGCUUCAGUCAUGGCUGCCUUGUCCAAAGGUCUAAGAAGAGACGGUGACUUGAUUCCAUGGCUGGUCUCUCAGCAAUUCCAAGAUGAUGGAUUUGCCAUGUUGAGUGGAGCCCGUGUCGUACGUAUUGCCACGCAUCCAGACUUUGCUAGUAUGGGAUAUGGUACUCGUGCUCUAGAGCUUUUGGAACGAUAUUAUAAGGGCGAUUUUGUGGGUCUCAACGAAAACGAGAAUACUGUCUCGGAAGAAUUCCAACGAGUCACUGAUGCUGAACUAUUAUCCGCAUCACUUGCCACCGACGAUAUUCGUAUUCGAGAUGCUUCGUCCAUGCCGCCUCUACUACUACGAUUGUCAGAGAGACCACCUAAAGAACAACUAGAUUGGCUCGGUGUCUCGUAUGGACUUACUGCCGACCUUCAUCGUUAUUGGAAACGGGGUGGUUACCGUCCAGUAUAUAUCAGACAGACUGCUAAUGACUUGACGGGUGAACAUACAUGUGUUAUGCUUAAGAGUUUACGAGAGGACUCGGAUUGGUUGAUGGAAUUUACAGCAGAUUUCCGUCGUCGAUUCUUGGAACUCUUGGGAUACCAACUACGUAAAUUCAGUCCAUUGCUAGUAUUGAGUGUUUUAGAAGCUACAGGUGGUGGUCGUGGUCAAACUGCUACAAGCGGUGAAAAGCCAGUCAAUUUGAGAAAUCCAAAAGUAUUGAAACAACAUUAUCGGCCAUUCGACUUGAAACGUUUAGAUGCCUAUUCAUCAAACCUCCUUGAUUAUCACGUCAUUGUAGAUCUAGUACCAUCUAUUGCCCGCCAAUACUUUAUGGGAAUCUUUGAUCCCAUAGUUGAAUCAACAGACGAAACCGCCGCUGUUCGUCUAUCACCCGUGCAAGCGGCCAUCUUGAUUGGCGUAGGCUUGCAACGCAAGACCUUGGAUGACUUGAACAGUGAAAUGGGUCUCCCAAUAUCUCAGAUCAUGGCCUUGUUUGGCAAGAUCUUGAAAAAGACGACUACAUUCUUGCAAGCUAUAGUCACUAAAGGUGUCGAAGGUGAUAUAGGACGUGAGUUGUUGAACGCAAAGAUGGAUAUCGAUGGCGGCGAUGAUGUGGCGGUUGAAGACGAUGAAGAUGGUAAAAAACGUAAAAGAGAUGUUCAAGAUGAAGAAGCUUGGGAUCCUACUGCUACAACACUUGAAGAUGAUUUGGAAGAAGCUGGUAAAGACGCUCUGGAGGGUGUCAAGGAGCAGCAACGUGAACUCAUCAAUUCUCUUGAUCUCACCAAGUAUGUUAUUGCUGGUACAGAUGAUGAUUGGAAAAAGAUCAAGCCAUCUUCAUCUACCAAGGUCGUAUCCAUUCCAAAUCCACACUCUUCUAAGAAGAAGAAGCAGCAAGAGGGACUAGUAGCAGAGUUGGAAAAGAAGAAUGAUGCAGAGAUGAUUGAUCCUAUGGGUCAUCUAAGUAAGAAGAAGGGUAAAAAGGCCAAGAGUGGCUUGUAA